UAAUUUAGUUUUAGUAAAAAUUAAGUGUUAGUGUUGAUUAUGCCAAAUAGAUCAGUAGCAACAAGCUUUUCAAUGUCAAGUCAAUACGAAGAAUUGAAUGUUAUCGGCACAGGAGCUUAUGGAACAGUUUACAAAGCCAGAGAUUUACAUCAAGGUACAAUUGUAGCUUUAAAAAAAGUAAGAGUAGCCUUGACAGAAGAUGGAAUCCCCAUGUCUACUCUUAGAGAAAUAGCUUUACUCAAACAAAUCGAUGGCUACCAGCACCCAAACAUUGUCAAAUUAUUAGAUGUCGUCCACGGUCAAAGACUGGACAAGGAAAACCAGUUACUCUUGUAUCUAGUUUUUGAACACUUGAACCAAGAUCUAGCAUGCUAUCUUGAUAACCUAAACCAAAGAGAUUUGACAGAAAACCGUAUCAAAGAGAUAAGUUGUGAAAUACUAACCGGUGUUGACUUCUUGCACAGCCACAGAAUCAUACACCGAGACCUAAAACCACAUAACUUACUAGUAACCAAAGAAGGCAGAAUCAAACUCGCCGACUUCGGUUUAGCCAAAUCCUUUGACUUUGAAAUGAAACUCACAUCAGUCGUUGUAACCUUGUGGUACAGAGCCCCUGAAGUCCUAAUGUGUCUUCCCUACAACACAUCUGUCGAUAUCUGGUCCACAGCAUGUAUAAUUGCCGAACUGUACAAUCUUGCACCUUUAUUUCCAGGGACUAGCGAUGGGGAUCAGUUAGAUAAAAUUUUUCAGUUGAUUGGAAGGCCUUCGGAUAGUAAUUGGCCUGCUGGUGUUUCUGUAAGUUGUACUAAUUUUCCAGCACAUCCUUCCAGGCAGCCUAAAAUGUUGAUUCCUCGGCUGUGUGAGUUUGGGAAUGAUUUAUUGAAUAGUAUGUUGCAAUUUGAGCCGAAAAAGAGGCUGUCGGCUUCACAGUGUUUGAGACAUGCUUAUUUUACAGAUGAACGGAUUGUGUAG